AUGAAGGAAACUGUGGAGUUACAGGCGAAUGCGGUAAGAGUUUUUUAAAUAUUUUUCUAACUUUUAGGUGUUUCGAUGGCGGAAAGUGAGGGAUAUUAUUGGGAUUUUGGGCUUGUUUUGAAGGUAAAACACUUGGCAAGGUUUAGAAAAGCAUUUCUGUGUUAUUCACAAAAGAUCCUUUGAGAUUUAUAUUAUUUUAGCUAUUAAGAUAAACUGUUUUUAUGUUAGUUUAGGUUUUUGAUGUUUUUAAGUCAAGAACAGGUGUUUUUUAAAAGAUUUUGGUAUUAUGUUUAAGUAAAAAGAUUUUAGAAGCUGUAGAAAUUGCUGUUACGCAAUUUUAUGCUUCAAAAAUACUAAUUAUAUUAUUUUAGCAAGAAUACGUUGGAUUUCUGCAGUCAGCGCUGAAAAACAGUGAAGUUGAGAUUCGAGUGCGAUGUCAGAAAGAGGAAGAUGUUGAUUUUACAUUGACCUAUGUUAUUCGAAGUUCUCCAUGUGCAAAAGAGUUCUUUGUUGAUCGAUCUCGAUUUAAUAUUGUCACAAAUCUGUUGGUAAGUCUUUAUUCAAGUUCUUGUUGGUUUUUAGAGGAAAAUGAGUCAUGAAAACGUGGAAAAACGCUUGACUUGUACAGUGUUUUGUUGGUUUUAAGGACAAAGGAUUGUUUUCAAAGUUAUAAAGUUGUUGUUUAGGAGAAUGAGGCGUUUUGAAGUUUGAAAAAUGGCAUCAAAGUCAAAGAAAACAUAAUUUAAGCCUUAUUUUUGAUAUAAUAAAGCUCUUUUUGAAUUUGUUUAAAUUGUGGACACUUUCUUUUGAUUGCGAAUACACUGUUAAGCUAGAUUUCCUUUGUUGACAUACAUUAACAUAAUCUUUUCUAGUCCGAAUACUUUAACAAUGGCGAAUCAGUGGCCGAUGGCUACACUUACAAGCAGUUUUAUUACUACAAAUCAAAGGAAUUCAAGUAUAAUUGUAAAACGCUGAAUGGAGCGGACGAAGCUUUGGAAGAAACAUCUGUUCAUCCUAUGAUAUUCAAGGAUUUGUCCAAAAAAGUUUGUUUUUUUUGAAAAGUCAAAGAUUAACAUGGUCUAGAUCAACAUGAAAUUUGAUAUUCAUGUCUAGGUUUGAACUUUGCUUGAAAUUAUGGUUUAGGUAAAAAAAUCGAAGUUUUUAAAACAUUUUCUAAGCUUUUAGGUAACAAAAAAUAAUUUUUGUUUAUUUUUCGGUAUCAAAUGGCUAUUUCUUUAUUUUUAGUUAACAACAACACUAAUUUUUUUAUUUUUAGGUAAACCUAAACUCGACAAUCCGAAAAACCAAGCGAUCAGUCUACCCAGGCUUGAAUGGUGAGACAAUUGAUGGCGGAGCAAAGAAAUCGUUAACGUCAUGGCAUCCAGCUCAACAAUUACCGGUCGAUGCCGCCUAUUUGUUGAUUGUCAGAGUUCAAACUUUGAGUCAGGAGAAGGAUCUAACUGCCAAACCAAAAAUUGAAGUAGAAGCUCAAUGGCGAGGACCUCACGGCUUUCUGAGUGCCAUUGAUUACCCACUAUUGAGUUUCUACGAGUUUAUGAUCUGGUUCUACUUGAUUCUGGCCGUCAUUUGGUUUGUGGUCUGUUGUCGGUAGGUUUUUUUGGGUUGGGCAGGUUGCGGAGGACGUUUUGCGAUGAAAUGUUUUGUAAAGAAAGUUUAUGCCAUUUUAUAUUUUUGUAAAGAAAGUUCUUGCGAUUUUAUGUUUUUUAAAGAAAGUUCUUGCCAUUUUAAGCUUUGUAAAGAAAUUUCUUGCCAAAUUCUUGUUAUUGUAAUAAAUCUUAAAAUUCUGAAAUUUUCAGACACUACAAAGACCUGCUCAGAAUCCAGUACUGUAUUGGAGUAGUAAUUGUCAUCGGCCUCCUAGAAAAGACCUUGUUCUAUGCCGAAUACAGUAAUAUGAACGCAUACGGACAGUCGAAAGAAGGCCUCAUCGAAGCUGCCGAACUCAUGUCAUGCUUCAAACGCACAGUAGCUCAUGUGUUAGUUAUCAUCGUAUCAGUUGGUUAUGGAGUUGUGAAGCCAAGGUUGGGAUCAACAAUGAAUCAAGUUGUUUUAACCGGAGGAGCUUACUUCAUCUUGUGUAGUAUUGAAGGAUUGACUAGGGUUUCUAUGGUAAGUUUUGGGGAUUUGUUAGCUAAAUUUAGACCUAAAACCAUUGAAAAACCUUAUUUUUAGCGAACUACCGAGUCAAUGAAAGAGAAACAAGUAGCAAAAGUCCCGCUAGCCUUCCUCGAAGUAGCCAUUGCUUGGUGGGUUUUCAGCUCACUUGUCAACACUAUGAGAGCCUUGAGAGUACGAAGAAACGAAGUCAAAUUGUCAUUGUACCGUCAGUUCACAAAUGUCCUGGCUUUGGCGAUGGGAUUUGCUGUGAUUUUUAUGUUAUGGUCAUUGUACAUUCACAUUGUUCAACAUUGUAUGGAGGAUUGGAAGGAGUUGUAGGUUUGGGCGGGGUGAUUUUUUUUGGGGGUGGAUAUUUUUAUUGAAAGAAGAUUUUUGCAAAUUUUGGUUUUUUAAUUUAAAAUACAAAAAAAUGACAGUUUGUUACCUAAAAUACUAUUUUCAGAUGGGUCGACACAGCCUUUUGGCACGUCUUUUUCUGUGUAAUCCUGGUGAUGAUUAUGGUUCUCUGGCGACCAUCGCAAAACAAUCAACGAUACGCAUUUACCCCAUUACUGGACAAUUCAGAAGAUGAAAACGAUGACGCUGAUGACGAUGUCUUGUUCACGAACACCCAAAACGGAUUGUUUGAAGAGGUGAAAAUGAGGAAUGUCAAGGAUAACAAGAGCGACGAAAACAAAAAGAAGUCGAAUGUGGCGGUAAGGCUGGGUGGGGCUUGAGGGAGGGCUAAAAAUAGACAAUUUUGAAGUUUUUUUGAGGGAGAUGUGGCAUUUUUUGCGUAGAAAAGGGCGUUUUUAGGUAUAACAUGGCCUUUUUAAACAGAAAGAACCAUUUUUAGUCAAAAAAUGAAGUUUCUUUACCAAAAAAAAUGAAAUUUUUCACGAAUUUUCAGGACGAACUGGACUGGAUCGAAAAGAACAUUCCCACGUCGCUGGCCGAAGCCCUCAUUGACGACGACGAAGAACGAGAGAAACGCGAGCUCGAAGCCUCGAAAAUGCUCUAA